AUGGCAGAUAAAUGUCCUGUCGACCACCAAAGCCAGUCUGCAGAGAAAUGCCCAGUAGACCAUAGCUCACGUGCAACAUGGGGAGGUCUGUUCUCGAAGGGUUCCCCGUCUGAAAGCACUCCUUCGUUGUCGGCAGAAAGGGAGCUUUCGUCGAUACCGAAAGCAGACGAUGGUAACUGGGUUUACCCUUCCGAGGCUCAGUUUUUUGCUGCCAUGGCUCGUAAAAAUCACAACCCACAAGCAUCGGAUAUGAAAACAAUCGUCCCAAUUCACAAUGCUGUCAAUGAACGCGCAUGGGCUGAAGUCUUGAAAUGGGAAGUUGGAAGAGGCGGAGAACGCUGCGGCGGAGUCAAGCUCAUCAAUUUCAAAGGCAAACCCAGUCAAAUGAGCCCAAAAGCUAGAUGUAUGACUCUAUUAGGAUAUACAGCACCAUUUGACCGUCACGACUGGAUUGUAGAGCGUUGUGGAACUCGCAUACGAUAUGUUAUCGACUUCUAUACAGGUCGUCCAGGUCCCUCUUCGAGCGAUGUGUCGUUUUACUUGGAUGUUCGACCUGCGCUAGAUAACUGGGAAGGACUGAGGAUGCGUGCUGAGAAUGUAUGGCAGAGUUGGACAGGAGGACUUUCGAGCAAGACUACUCCGCCUUGA